AUGUAAUUUGUAGACGGUCCCUCUGAAGGUAAUGACGUCACACCAUUCCAUAGGCAUGAACGUGUUUUUCAGCCUUUUAAAAACAUCGAAUUCUGCUUAAAAAUGGAUUGUAGAUACUGCUCAUUAUAGUCGGUAAUGAAAAUUAAUUGCCUACAAGUGAGCUGUAAGCAGACCGGUAGCUGUCCAAGUACACACUUUCCUCGACACUAUGAAGAGACUGUACUUCAUCGAGCCGAUCGUAGCGAUUUACGCGUUUGCCAGUUUUAUGGUGUAUCCCCUCGCGCAGCAGUACGUGUAUCGCAGAUUGUGGCUGGAGAUCACAAACUCAUCUUACCCCGUGUCCGCCAACACUUCCCAGUGCGCCGCCAACAGCACCAGCCACAGCAGACAGCGAGAUGAGGUACAGAAAGCAGCUUCUCUGUUCUCCAUGUACAGUGAUUUGUCUUCCAUGAUCCCCAGUCUCAUAGUGACCCUCCUCCUGGUGGCCUACAGCGAUCAGCGUGGCCGAAAGAUCACUAUUAUUAUGCCCCUCAUUGGGUCUCUGAUCUAUAUGCUUUCAUUCCUGGCGGUCUCCUUCUUCGAGCUCAACCUCUACCUUCUCAUUGCCGCCAGUUUCGUAAGUGCCCUCUUUGGGGGUAUCGGUACCAUGCUAGGUGGCUGCUUCUCCUAUGUGGCCGAUUUGUGUGAGGACAGCAAGCAGAAGACCCUUCGCAUGGCUGUGGUGGACAUGAUGAUCGGCUUGUUGGCCGGUGUGGCGUCAAUCUCCACGGGCUACUUCCUGCAUGCAGUCGGGUUCAACUGGCCUUUCUUUAUAUCCGCCGUAUUUCAGGCAGUUAACUUAAUAUACGCUGUCUUCAUUCUGGAAGAAACCAGGGUGAUUGACCGGUCAGAGACUGUGGCUUGUUGUCGGGCCAUGCAGAAACUAGCUUGUAGUAUCUGCAACUUGUUUGUGGGAGGCAGCAGUCAAAGAAAAUGGGUUCUUGUGCUGUUGAUUGUCACAUUCUCCUCCUUAUCUUUUGUUAAUACGGGGGGUCUGUCCAUGAUCAUACUUUACGAGCUCAAUGAGCCGCUGUGCUGGAGCGAGAUCCUCAUCGGCUAUGGCGCCGCGGCCAGCACCUCCAUCUUUAUCACUAGUUUUGUCGGUGUGUAUUUGUUCUCCCGCUGUCUGCCUAACAUUGCCAUCGCCUUCAUCGGGAUGCUGUCAGUCGCUAUAAGCAUGUUCAUGACGGCCUUCGCAAAGACCCCCCUCAUGAUGUUCCUCGUGAGGAUUCCUGCUAUGUUUGCCAUUAUGCCAUUCCCUGUCCUGCGUUCAAUGAUGUCAAAAGUCGUCUCAAAGUCUGAGCAGGGAGCGCUUUUUGCCUGUCUGGCCUUUACAGAAAACCUGAGCACUUACGGGUCCUCUGCAGUUUUUAGCAGAAUCUAUGCGGCCACUGUGGCAUGGUGUCCUGGCUUUAUCUUCCUAUUGGUUUCUGGACUCUGUAUCAUACCCAUAAGUCUAUUAGGUAUAUUUAGGUGUUUCCAUUCAUUGGAUUCUAAUGACAAUCAAGCACUCUUAUCAGAAGAUGGGACUGAAGCAUCAGAUGACCCACCUGUAGCUUAAAAUCAAAUCAAAGGGAGUUUGGAUACCUCAUGGUUACCCUGUGUGUUUCUUUACAUUUCCUCAUACCAACACAAGUCGCUGCCACGAAAAAUGCAUUUUUGCUGAAAUGCAGUAGAUGCUAAUGGUGGUUUUGGAAGGGAACAGAACUUUAUAGUUCUAAGGGGAAAUUUUGUAAAAGAGUAAAUAUUUUUUUUAAAUAACGAUAAGAAUAAUUUCAGCAAAAACUAAAUGUACACUUCCUUAAGAAAAUAACGGUCACUUGCAAGGCAGCAACGAAACAGUAUUAAAGUUUUAGGUGUGUUUAGGUUAGGCUUUGAUUCUGUCAUCUGCAAACAAGAAUCAAUACGUAGUUAAUGUGAAUGGUAUCUAUAAAAGACAAGACCAAUCACAAUUCAGUAUGCAAAUAGAUGUAAGAAAGAUGACCAAUCCAAUUCAGUAUGCAAAUAUAACAAAGAUAUCAUCACUGGUAAUAGAAGUUGUU